UUUUUAGUUCCCGCGAAAACCUUUGAAUUUCCAUUUUCUUUCAGUCAGAUCUCACUCGAGUGAAGUACAAAGUCGCGGCGCGCACUUCAAGCAGAACUUUUCUCAGUUUUUUCAUCAGUUGUACAUGAUGUCUCGCAGCAAAACAAAGGCAAAAGAAAGUCCGGAGAAAGGGGAGAACAAUGUGGGCAAAGAAAAAGCAGCAAAAAAAGAGAGAAGUGCUCAGAAGAAGAGGAAACCUAGCAAUAAGAAUGAUGAGGAAGACACAGAGCAACUUGAAUUGAAAGAAGAACAGGAACCUAAAAGAAAGAGAGGAAAGAGAGAAGUACCAAAAGAGAAAUCAACAGACUCAGGAGUAAAAGUUGAGAAAAAAGCCCAGGUUGCUGAAACAGAUGAUGCCAAACAAGAGAGUGAAGAAUCAGACAAUGAAAAGGCAAAAAGUAAAACCGCUUCCAAAGUCAAUAACAAAGGAAAUUCCAAGUUUACAAAAAACACAGGAAAAGUAAAGAAACGUGUUGUAAAGGAAGAGGAAACUGAAGAAACCGUUGAUAACAAAGUAAAGUUUGAGAAGAAAGGAAAAACUACAGGCGCUGCUCCUAAAUUGCAUAGGAAGAAAAAGACCACAAAAGAUGAAGCAGUCCCCCGCCCAGUAAAGUAUGAGUCUUUAGGUGAAGGCCCAGCCCCAGUGCCGUCAACUGGAAUAAAAUAUAUGGGAUGCCAUGUCUCUGGAGCAGGUGGAGUAUGGCUAGCCUUUCAAAAUGCAGUUGAGUGCAAUGCCAAGUCUUUCGCUCUCUUCCUUUGUAAUCAGCGUCAGUGGGUUUCCAAGCCAUUGGAUGAAUUGACAGUGACAAAAUGGAAAGAUGCAGCCAAGGAUACCCCACCACAUCUCAUUUUACCUCAUGGAUCCUACCUCAUGAACCUAGGCUCUCCCAACCCUGAGUUAUUAGAGAAGAGUCGCAACAGGCUUCUUGAAGAAUUGCAGAGGUGUGAGAGACUUGGGAUACCGCACUACAACUUCCAUCCAGGAUCCACCACUGGCAAAAUCAGUCGGGAAGAAUGUUGCAAACGUAUUGCUGAAAGUAUCAACAUAGCACAUGAACAAACUAAGGGAGUGAUAUGUGUUUUGGAAAAUAUGAGCUGUCAGGGCUUUACAGUUGGAGGAGAUCUACAUGAACUACGUGUUAUUAUAGAAAACGUUAAGGACAAGUCAAGGGUUGGUGUUUGCAUCGAUACAUGUCAUACUCAUGCUGCAGGAUAUGAUCUCUCCUCGAAAUCUGGAUUUGAAACGUUCGUUGAUGACUUUGAGAAAAUCAUUGGUUGGCAGUUCCUUCGUGGAUUACACAUCAAUGACUCUAAAGGAAAGUUUGGAGACCAUCAAGACCGACAUGAGAACAUUGGCAAAGGCACCAUUGGCAUAGAAGGCUUUCGCAGGAUCAUGAAUUGCAGUUAUUUCAAUGAUAUGCCCCUUAUUCUGGAAACCCCUUGGACAAGUAAUGAAGGAUAUGCAAAGGAGAUAAAAAUUCUGGAAGGCUUAGUAGAGGCAUGAGCCAUUAAGUGGUUUGGCUUUAUUUAUGUAACCCUCAAUAAUAGUAAUGAAUAAAUACAAACUCUGGGGGUGGGAAAGUACCCACACUUAACCCCUUCCUGACGGGUCAUGCGCUGAGGUGUCAUGUGAGCUAUAUGCCACGCCAACGUGCCAAAGUAUGAGCCGGUGAUUUGGCUUGAGGCACUGACCUCCCGCGCUCAAAGUCAGCGUGUUGCCAUUAAUCUCCAGAGCAUAAAAAAAAUAGAAUAAAAUAAAUAAAUUCUUCACCCGUCAGUAAGGGGUUAACGAUGGUUUGGCAUAUUCCCAUCCUCCCUAGGAAUACUUCUCCAUAUAAUUUUCUGUUUAAUAUAGAAAUAGUCCCUAUUUUUUUUUUUUUUUUUUUUUUU